UUUGUCCCCAGGUGUGUCACCACCUGCGCGCCGCAGCAGCGCCUGACGGGCGGCGCGGGUGUCACCGGUGUCACCCAGUGCGUGCCGCAGCAGCUGCAGGUGCCACCGCCCGAGUGCGUCCCCCAGCAGCAGAAGGUUGUCCCCAGGUGCGUCACCACCUGCGUGCCACGGCCGCCGUUUGUCACCAAGGGCGUCCCGCAGCAGCAGAGUGCCACCAGGUGCGUCCCCCAGCAGUGUGUGACCAGCGUCUGUCCCCAGCAGGGUGUCCCCACGUGUGUCACCACCUGUGUCCCCCAGCAGCGCGCGGCCCAGGGCGUCUCGUACCAGUGGGUGACGGCGCCUGUCCCCCAGCAGUGGCAGAGUGUCACCGCCGGUGUCCCCCAGCAGUGGCACAGCAGGUGUGUCACCAAGUGUGUCCCCCAGCAAAGUGCCACCAAGUGUGUCCCCCAGCAGUGUGUCACCAAAUGUGUCCCCCAGCAAAGUGCCACCAAGUGUGUCCUGCAGCAAAGUGCCACCAAAUGUGUCCCCCAGCAGUAUGGGACAAUCUGUGUCCCCCAGCAGUGUGUGACCAAGAGUGUCACCCAACAGAGUGCCACCAAGUGUGUCCCCCAGCAGAGCGUGACCAAGUGUGUCCCCCAGCAAGGUAUGGCCAAGUGCGUCCCCAAGCAAAGUGCCACCAAAGGUGUCACUCAGAAGUAUGGGACAAUCUGUGUCCCCCAGCAAAGUGCCACCAAGUGUGUCCCCCAACAAAGUGUCAAGUGUGUCCCUCAGCAGUGUGGCACAAUUUGUGUCCCCCAGCAGAGUGCCACCAAAUGUGUCCCCCAGCAAUAUGGGACAAUUGGUGUCCCCCAGCAGUGUGUGACCAAGUGUGUCCCCCAGCAAAGUGCCACCAAGUGUGUCCCCCAGCAAAGUGCCACCAUGUGUGUCCCCCAGCAGAGUGCCACCAAGUGUGUCCCCCAGCAAAGUGCCACCAAGUGUGUCCCCCAGCAGAGUGCCACCAAAUGUGUCCCCCAGCAAUAUGGGACAAUUUGUGUCCCCCAGCAGAGUGCCACCAAGUGUGUCCCCCAGCAGGCCGGUGGAGUGAAGAUCUCCAGCCACUCCAAGAAAUACUGCUCGGCCCCCAAGUGGCCCUGGUGACGCCCAGGGCGUGUGACGGGGACAAUCCUCGGGAAUGUGGCCACAAUUCCCAUUUUUUUAACCCCUGCCUCCCCAGAGUCCCCAAACAGCAAUGUCCCCAAAAUGUCCCUCCUCAAGGUUUUAUUCUUGGGUUAAGAGAAAAACUGCAACUUCAAAAGAACAAAAGUUAGAGCAGGGUUGUUCUAUAAAUGGUUCAUUAAAUUAAUUAAAUUAAUUAAGCUGAAGAUGUGCACUGAAAACAAACUUUAUCUACAGAAAUAAAGGAAUAUUUUACAUAUGUAUAUAAAUGAAAACUUAAAUAAAUGUUCUUGCCUGACCUCGGAUUAAAAUCUUG